ACUUAUGAAGCAGUCACUCACAUGCAAUUAAGGGCUCUGACAGCAGAGGACAAGCAAAUACAAAACACUCAGCUCUCAGGGAGGCUCAGCGGAAGGACACCACAGGAGUUGGAGCUGGACUUUGGUCUAUAUGCCUCAGUCUUCUCUACUCAAAGGGCUGCAAACCAGAACUUUGUACUGCACUCUUGCUUCAAGGAAAAUGAAAGCUCAGAAAUUGUUGUCUCUGCACUGUAUCUUUUCCCUUGUGCUGCUUUUCCAGCAAUCCUGGGCUCAGUUCCCACGCCAAUGUGCCACCGUUGAGGCUUUGAGAAGUGGUGUGUGCUGCCCAGACCUGUCCCCUCUAGCUGGGCCGGGGACUGACCCCUGUGGCUCAUCAUCAGGCAGAGGCAGGUGUGAAGCAGUGACUGCAGACUCCCGACCCCACAGUCCCCAUUACCCCCAUGAUGGCAGAGAUGAUCGGGAGGCCUGGCCCACACGGUUCUUCAAUAGAACAUGCCACUGCAAUGGUAACUUCUCAGGACACAACUGUGGCACUUGCCGUCCUGGCUGGAGGGGAGCUGCCUGUGACCAGAGGAUUCUUACAGUCAGGAGAAAUAUUCUGGAUUUAAGUAUCGAGGAAAAGAACCACUUCGUCCGAGCCCUGGAUAUGGCCAAGCGCACAGCUCACCCUCAGUUUGUCAUUGCCACCAGGAGAUCAGAGGAAAUAUUGGGGCCAGAUGGCAAUACACCACAAUUUGAGAAUAUUUCCAUUUAUAACUACUUUGUUUGGACACACUAUUACUCAGUCAAAAAGACUUUUCUUGGUCCGGGGCAGGAAAGCUUUGGUGAAGUUGAUUUUUCUCAUGAAGGACCGGCUUUCCUCACAUGGCACAGGUACCACCUACUGCAGCUGGAGAGAGACAUGCAGGAAAUGUUGCAAGAACCUACUUUCUCCCUUCCUUACUGGAAUUUUGCAACUGGCAAAAACAUAUGCGAUAUCUGCACUGAUGACAUGAUGGGAUCGAGAAGCAACUUCGAUUCCAGUCUUAUAAGUCCAAACUCCGUCUUCUCUCAAUGGCGAGUGGUCUGCGAAUCUUUGGAAGAUUAUGAUACCCUCGGAACACUUUGUAACAGCACUGAGAAUGGGCCAAUCAGGAGGAAUCCAGCUGGAAAUGUGGCUAGACCGAUGGUGCAGCGCCUUCCUGAACCACAGGAUGUCACCCAGUGCUUGGAAGUUGGUGUAUUUGACACACCUCCUUUUUAUUCCAAUUCCACAAAUAGUUUCCGAAACACAGUGGAAGGUUACAGUGCUCCCACAGGAAAGUACGAUCCUGCUGUUCGGAGUCUUCACAAUUUAGCCCAUCUAUUCCUGAAUGGAACAGGGGGACAAACCCAUUUGUCUCCAAAUGAUCCUAUUUUUGUCCUCCUGCAUACUUUCACUGAUGCAGUCUUUGAUGAAUGGCUAAGGAGAUACAAUGCUGAUAUAUCCACCUUUCCAUUGGAAAAUGCCCCUAUUGGACAUAAUAGACAAUACAAUAUGGUACCAUUCUGGCCUCCAAUUACCAACAUAGAGAUGUUUGUUACUGCUCCAGACAACCUUGGAUAUACUUAUGAAGUUCAAUGGCCAGGUCAAAAUUUUAGUGUAUCUGAGAUUAUUACCAUAGCAGUAGUUGCUGCUUUAUUGCUGAUUGCAGUCAUUUUUGUGGGUGCUUCUUGCCUGAUUCGUGCCAGAAACAGAAUGGAUGAAGCUAAUCAGCCUCUCCUCACUGAUCAGUAUCAACACUAUGCUGGAGACUAUGAAAAAAUCCAGAAUCCAAAUCAGUCCAUGGUCUGAUGACAAGUGACCCACGUACUCUCCUAUGUGUUACCUGAACAAAACCACCUGGUUGGAAAAUAAUAGAAUUACUAACUGUAUUUUCUGUCACUUUGUUACUUUCUUUCUUACACAUGCAUAUGUUAGAAAUAAAGCUUCAGGCAUAUUUUCCAGAGCUCAGAAGAGUCAUACAGAAUUUUUUCUGUGAGUCCGAAUAUUCAGCUCCAUUUAAAAUAUUGGGUUGCACCAACUCCAUAUUUAAAUGGAUAGUGUAAAGGUAUUCAGCAUACUUAAAGGGUGACUAUAUGAUGUAAAUAAUCUCUAUGCUCUGUUUAUCUGUAAAGGAAAUAAUGUUUAAUAGUGAAUCUCUUUAAAGUACACGAGUGGGGGGUAUAGCCGGUAAAGCCAACACCUGCAGUGCCAGGAUCCCAUAUGGGUGCUGGUUCGUGUCCCAGAUGCUCCACUUCUGAUCCAGCUCUCUGCUAUGGCCUGGGAAAGCAGUAGAAGAUGGCCCACAUCUUUGGGCCCUGCACCUACAGGGGAGACCUGGAAAAAGCUCCUGGCUCCUGGCUUCGGAUCGGUGUAGCUCCGGCCAUUGCAGCCAUCUGGGGAGUGAACCAGUGCAUGGACGACUUCUCUCUCUCUCUCUCUCUCUCUCUCUCUCUCUGCCUCUGCCUCUCUGUAACUCUCUGUCUUUUAAAUAAAUAAAUAAAUCCAAAAA